AUGACAUUCUUAAUCCCCUCCUCAACCCUAGAGAACCAGGCCUCUAGCUCUCUCCAUUCCCCACCGCUUAAAAACAAGAUAACACCCGGCGACGUGGGAAUAUUAAAGUCAAACCUCCUGCCCUCAUUCGGCCUGUAUUCCAGCCUCUCACUCGCAACAUAUAUUGCAGCCGAAGCAACAGACCGAGUCGAACUCAAAGACUGGCUCUGGCCCUCCGCCCAAGUCCUCAAUGCGUGGUGGACCGCCGUCGGGCAACCGAUGUGCGCACACGACAUCUCAUUCAGAACAGCUUGUGAGGCUCUACCAUGGACCAAAAGGGUUCUUCUAAGCUGCGUUACUAUUUGGGGCACAAGACUCUUUGCCCGCAUUGCGUCCCGGUCAUUGUCCCGUGGGACAGAUGAUGCGCGGUACGAGGCAGUAAAAAAAGAACCUGGCUUUUGGAGAGGUGCCUUCUUAAAGAUAUUUUUACCGGAAGCUGCUGUGUUGAGUGUGAUCUCAUUGCCGUUCACGGUUCCGUUCACUACGGGUGACGCUACGCUUCCGAUAGGCGAUGAUGUGAUGAAUGUUGUUCGAGCGCUUGGCGUUGGGCUUUUUGGUGCAGGGUUUGCGAUGGAAUUUAUGGCGGAUACGCAGCUUGGACUUCAUCGACAGGAACGGACGGAUUUAUGUCGACAUGGUGUUUGGGGUUUGGUGCGGCAUCCGAAUUACCUUGGGGACACUUUGGUCCAUUUUUCAUUUGCGUUGCUCAACAUGGCUGGUCCGUUUAACCCAGUUGUGAUACUGGGACCUGUGGCGAACUACCUAUUCCUUCGCUUCGUGAGUGGUGAUAAGGAGACUGAGGCUAGCCAGGAGGAGCGCUAUAAGUCUCAGGAUCCACAUAAGUAUGAGCAGCUGCGACAAUGGAAGCGAGAGAAGAACAGUUUCUGGCCUGAUUUGCGCGACUUGGUGAACCCAUGGGCAUUGGCCGUUGCUGCUUGCGGGUUUAUUGGCGUUGUGAUUGAGGAGGGGUUUAGAGGUGCAUAUGAGAUGUGA